AACCCCUGUUGAUGACGACGUCGGAGAGACAGGACGAUCUCUGGCAAACGUUCAAGAAGCCGGACGGAAGAGGAGGAGGACGAAGAGACAGUUGGAUUAUCCUUAGAAGGUUGUGGGAAUAAUCCAUCUCUUUCAUCAUGACCAUGGUCGAGCUGUUGAUUUCUGGAUCUUGUCAUCUGAAGUGUCACAUAUUUCAAUAAACAACCGAGUUGACACGCGUGACCCGAUGAGUCGACCACGGACGAACGGACGCACCGCCGCCGAAGCAAGACGAGUUCGUUGCGACUACUUCACUUCGCGAAGAUCACAUUUACGGUGUUGUAAUAGAUAAUAACAGGCAGACUUGAACUCAUCGGAUGAUAUUUCUCGGGAUGCGGGGUGCCAUAUCAUCCUACCUCUUUCUCAGCAUGGGAUCGUCUCACACUUCAACCCAGAUACAACCCUCUCCUACUCACCGAUGCCGGGCGAUGUUGAUGCUGAAAUUCCUUCUCAUUUUGUUCUACGUCCAGUUUUCUCACGCUCUGACUGAAUAUCAACAAUACGACAAACGUUCGUCCUCUUUUGAGAUCGUGCACCCGCGUGUAAUCCAGGAUGAUUUCGACAGUCGUCAUCGUCGGUCCACUUCUCCCUCGAUGUCGCAGCAUCACAAAAACCUGCAGUACAUGGUUGCCACGAAGGAGAAGGAUUUCCAUUUGAUCCUGACGUUGAACGAAGGUCUGAUCUCGCCUGGCUUCGUCCUGGAGAGACGAUCGUCGUCGAAUGUGUCUCGAUCACGUUUUCAACCAGCGUAUGAACGUCAUCGUCAGUGCUCUUAUCAUGGAGUGGUUCGUGGCCACGCAAAUUCCCAGGUUGCUGUCAACGUGUGUCGUGGAUUGAGGGGGCUCAUUUCACUAGGAGAAGAGGAGGAUUUCUUUAUCGAGCCCUCCAAUGCAUCGACAUACGAUAAGGAGAAUACUGACGGUUCGCAUAUCAUCUACAAACCUUUAUUGAAUCGAGGAAGGACGAAUUCGUCUCCUAAUGACGCCUUCUGUUCAGACACCGGUACAUGGCACCAUGACGACCCUGCUUCGAAGAGAGCUGGACGUCGGGUACGAAAGUCAGUUAGCAUGGAGCGAACUGUGGAAACCUUAGUGGUCGUCGACCAGUCCAUGAUUGAAUACCACAAGGACGAGGACAUCGAGACCUAUGUGCUCACCAUCAUGAAUCUGGUGGCUAAGUUUUAUCGUGAUCCGAGCAUUGGGAACUUGGUGAACAUCGCCCUCGUGCGCCUGAUCCUCUUAGAAGACCAACAGGACGACCUAGAGAUCUCUAACAACGCAGACGACACAUUGAAUAGCUUCUGUGCAUGGCAAGACACAUUGAACCCGGAAGGGGAUGAGCAACACAAUCACCAUGACAACGCAAUACUUCUUACCAGGAAGGACCUGUGCCGUGGUUCUGAUAUCUGCUUCACGUUAGGGUUGGCCCACGUAUCUGGCAUGUGCAAUAGGAAGCGAAGCUGUAGCAUCAACGAAGACAACGGCCUUGCUGUUGGGUUCACCGUGGCGCACGAGAUGGGACACAACUUUGGCAUGCAGCACGACGGAAUUGAUAACCCAUGCUCGUUUGACGAUGAUCCGAGUGGCCCAUAUGUGAUGUCUUCACGGGUUCCUAGUGGUCUUACACCCACAGCAUGGUCCUCCUGCAGCAGAGAAUACAUCACUCGUUUCCUAGAUAGUGGACGGGGUAGCUGCCUGGAGGAUAUGCCUUCAUCAACACCUUACAAAUAUCCGAAGGUUCUACCGGGUGUCAUGUACUCGGCAGACCACCAAUGUCGUCUACAGUACGGACCGAAUGCAACUGCCAGUCCCAUGUUUGAAUCUGAUCUCUGUACUACCCUGUGGUGUAGCGUAGGAGUCAUGAGGAGAUCACGCAUGACAGCAGCUGCACAGGGCUCUCGGUGUGGGAAAGACAAGUGGUGUAUAUCUGGAGAGUGUAUCGACAUCGAUGAACAUCCCGUGGUCAUCGAUGGCGGAUGGGGUCCAUGGAGCGAGUACUCUGAGUGUUCCCUGACGUGUGGACGGGCCGUCAAGUCUAAAGAGAGACACUGUAACAACCCAAGUCCAUCUCAUGGAGGAAGAUACUGUGUUGGUGAGAGAAAGAAGUAUACCAUGUGUAAGCUUCAGGAUUGCGUUCAUGAAUCUGUGAGUGUUCGUGCCAUGCAGUGCAGUACCUAUGAUACAAUCCAAUCGAAUGGUACUCAACUCGCAUGGAUUCCAGUCGAUGUCGAAGAUAAACCUUGUGAAUUGUUUUGCAGACGUCGUGAUCAAGCAUUGAUAAAGAAGAAGUCAGUUCACGUGACCAAUGGAACUCCAUGUACUCGCUUCUCACGUGAUAUCUGCAUUGACGGUAUAUGUCAGAUGGUUGGUUGUGAUAAUGUUGUCAGCUCAGGGGCGGUGGAGGACCGAUGCGGUGUAUGCCGCGGGGAUGGGUCAUCCUGCCUUACAAUUCAGGAUAGUUUCAACACGAAGUAUGGACGAGGUUAUGUGGAAAUCACCGUCAUCCCUGCCGGUGCUAGGAACAUCGUGUUGGAUGAAUUGGUCUCUUCCCAAAACUACCUGGCCAUUAGCAAUGCAUCAGGACAUGACCUGCUAAACAUGGAUUGGUAUAUUGAUUGGAGCGGGGAGUAUCAGGCCGCAGGGACCAUUAUCAGCUACGAGAGGAUAGACAACAAAGAACGAGUGGAGAUACUAGGUCCCAUCAGCGAACCACUGCACAUCUAUCUCAUAUUUCAACGAGCUCAGAACCCUGGCAUAACAUACAAGUAUACCAUGCCGAGAGAAGGAAACCAGACUGCUGUCAUGCCGCAGUUCUUCUCCUGGGUCUUUACCGAUUGGUCCCCGUGUUCUGCAUCCUGUGGCAUUGGUUAUCAGCGUUCGAGUGUGAUCUGCAAAGAGUUGAUAGCCGGACUGGUUGAUGACCGAUACUGUGAAGGCAUAAAACCAGACGACAUGCAGCAGACUUGCAAUGAACAACAGUGCCCUGCCACAUGGUGGGAAGGGCCUUGGCAACACUGCACAGGAAGCUGUGGAGAGGAGGGGCACAGACAGCGAUGCGUCUUCUGCAUACGUGGUUCCACCAACGGCGAACAGACUGUCCUCGAUGACGUCGACUGCCUUAGUCAGGACCAAGAGAAACCCGUCACUGAGACCACAUGUGCGGUUGACCUGCACUGUGAAUCCAAUGACAACUGGCAGACAGGAGAAUGGUCGCAGUGUUCCGUUUCGUGUGGCGGUGGGUGGCAUACCAGGUCUGUUAUCUGCACGAACGUCAUCAAACCUUGCGAUGUUGCAGGAAAGCCCAGCGACAGGAGACCAUGCUUCUUAGAUCAAUGCCCUAGGAGACAAGACUUCUACAACGCUAUGCCGGAGGCUCCUGAAAGCCGCUCCUACGCGGACGAAUCUUCACUAGAACACUCAUCAGCGAGCGUGUCCGCUAGCAGUGACUACCCAGCGAAUUUCGGCGAGUGGGAGAAGAAGAUUGCCAUCCAGAAACACGAAUCGGCGGCUAAUAGCACAAAACUGCACCCGCCUGUGCCAUCUGAAGAAGCGCCUCAUAAACCUAACUACGAAUUGAACAUUACUACCCAUGACAUUGAUGUCAUAGAAAAAGAGCGCAAGGAUUCUACAAUAAACCAACUUCCUGUUGUGCCGGAUUCUCCGUAUGUAAAUUUUAUCUUAUUCCCAUCUGCCCUGAACGACAAGCAUCCACCGGCUUCAGAUACUGCUACUCGUCUGCAACAUCAGUCUCAAGAGCCUUCGUUUGGGUGGUCAAAACAACCGUGGCAGCCGUGCUCUGUAACUUGUGGCGAUGGUAUCCAACAACGAAUAGUGGAGUGUGUUGAUAGAAUCACCGGCCAGAGGACACCAGGAUGCUCCCAAGAAAAUCAACCCGUUUCAUUGCAGUCUUGUAACUUGGGCAUUUGUCCUCGAGUUUGCAGAAAUACACUCAGCACCACCAUGUGUUUGAUGAUCGUCCAAUCAGGAAGCUGCUCUCAAACACACUUUCGUGAAAGAUGCUGCAGAACCUGCACCGAAGUCAGAUAGCGUUUCCUUUUGCACAUGUAAUCUGUAGAACUUUGGACAGUACUGAAUGUUAUAUGUCUCCAUCCGCGUAUAGUUAGAUAAAAGCAUAAAUAUAAAAACGGCGGCUGAGGAAUUUGAUGAAGUGUGUAAAUGAGUUACACAGCCAAGACCUUUUGCGAAACAUUAUUUUCAGAUUUGUAAAUUAUUUGUAUGUUUAAUCGUUACCCGUUCAAAAUUUAGAUUUGUUUAUAUAUACUGUUCUUGAGAAUUUUUGUUAUAUAUUAUACUGUUACAAUGCCGCUGUACUGAUUUCUUGUGUGUAGUUACAAGGUUUUCGCGAGAUACCCCCCCCCACAAUAAUCUCAUACACACACAGACACA